UUCUUCGGUAUAAAUACCCAUCACAGUCCCAGUAGACUAUGCCAUUCAUAUAUUUCUUUAGCUUUUGCUCCUCCUCUCUCUCUCCUAAACCACUUCUUAUAUUUUCUCUAUAUUUCUCCGCAUGGCUUCUGCUGAGGUGCAAACAGCUCCUGUAGUAGAUGUGCCCACGGAGGCUCCUCCAGCCGCCACGGUCGAAGUAGAAGCCCCAUCGACGGAAGUGGUCGAGGCUGUGGAAGCCCCAAAAGAAGAAACAACUGAAGAAGCUCCAGCCGAGCCCGCAACAGAAGUAUCACCUGAGCCCGUAGAGGAAAAGCCCGCAGAAGAGCCUGCUUCUAAGGAGGCCGAGCCCGUGGCCCCAGCAGAGCCCGCAGAAGAAGCUAAGCCAGCCGAGGCCGAGGCCGAGACCGAGCCUGAAGCCCCCGUGGAGCCUACAGAAGAAGCUAAGUCAGCUGAGGCCGCACCCGAGGCCCCUGCUCCCGCCCCUGAAGAGACCGCCGACCCGGCUGCAACAGAAGAGCCGAAAGCUGUAGAAGAAGCAGCUGUGGCCGCCGAGGAGGCGAAGGCCGAGGAAGCAGAAGAGAAAGCAGUUGCCUCCGAGUAGAAUGAAGGUGUUAUGUAUAUGUGGCUUGUGAAUUUUGUUUGUCAUUGUUUGAGAGCGUUCUACGUAUUAAGGUAUUUAGAUAUUAAAAGAUAUUUAGUAAUACUGGUAUUGAUGAUUUGCUACUACUUGUUGUCAUGGAUGUGUGUAAUUUGCUGAAGAGAAGUAAUAUUACAAAUAGUGUGUUGUGUCGUGUUUGCCUUCUCUAAUCUGUCCUAUCUCCCAAUGAUAUCAUUUGUGGUUGCUGUGAUCAUAUGGGGUCAAUACUAUGUGUACUGCAUUAGAUUUAAUUUGAGAAGGAUUUAUUUUAUUA